ACACUCGCGCGCACACACAGGCGGCUGUAGCUAGCUGCUGGUUAGCACCGCGGCAUAAAAACCUAGCAUUGUAAUAUAUUCAGCGGCACUAAAAAAAAAAAAUGAGCGAAAACGACAAAGGUUACGCCGAGCGGGUGAAGAAGAAAGUGCGGAAGAAGUCCACUUAAUUUUCAAUAAUAUGAAGCUGUGAUGUGUGAAGCUGAAAUUGUUGAAUGCAUGCUAAAACAGGAGGAGGGAAGAAGUAUGGGCAAUGUGUGAGAGAUGGGGGAAGUAAGAAGAAGUAAAACAAUUGAAGAAAGAAGAAUAAUGUGAAGUAAUGAAGUUACAGAAAUGAAGUUAAGGAAGUAAUCUGGAUAAGGCCACAGCGCUAAGUAAUUUUCUGGUCUGUUUGUCAAAUGCGUGCAUGUUUUUAUUAUUAAAUACAACCAACAGUUUUAAUCAUUGCAAUUUUUACACAACUGACAAAUUCCUGUUAUUUCACCAUGUUGCCAAUAUAAUUAUAUUGAUUAAUGUAAUCCUGUUGAUGUCAUAUUAUCCACGACAACUAAAUUACAUUUACCAGCAUUCCUAAUCCACUAUCCUAAAUUCUGUAUUUUUCACACAGGAUAGUCUUAAUUAUUGCAUAGAAUGAUUUAGGCACAUUUCUCAGUUUGUCCUCUCAUUGAUGCUGAUAAGAGGUGUGUUGGUGUGUGUGGUUCGUUCAGGAGUCUCGCUCUGCAUCCCGGAGUGUGAGUCCAAGGGGCUCUGGGAAGUCGGCAAGUCGCUCCCCAGCCCGGUCACCUGCCCGUUCUAAAGAAGGCUCCCGCUCUAAGUCUCGGUCUCAGUCCAGGUCAAAAUCAGGGUCUCACUCCCAUCGUGGCUCAAGGAGACACUAUAGCCGAUCUCGCUCCCGCUCAAGGUCCUAUCGCCGCCGAUCUCACAGUAGGUCCUACAGUGGAGAGCGCCGGCGCAGGAGUCAUAGCCGCUCACCGAUGUCCAACCGCCGCAGACAUUGUGGCAAUCGCGCUAAUCCAGACCCAAACGGUUGCGUGGGAGUGUUUGGUCUGAGCUUGUACACCACAGAGAGGGAUCUGAGGGACGUCUUCUCUAAAUACGGCCCCCUGGCGGAUGUCUCUAUUGUGUAUGACCAGCAGUCGAGGCGCUCUCGGGGCUUUGCUUUCGUCUACUUCGAGACCAAAGAUGACGCUAAUGAGGCAAAGGAACGAGCUAAUGGCAUGGAGCUGGAUGGUCGUAGGAUCAGGGUGGACUUCUCCAUUACGAAAAGACCUCACACACCAACCCCUGGAAUCUACAUGGGUCGGCCCACAUAUGGUGGUGGUGGUGGCGGCGGCGGCAGCGGCAGCAGCAGUGGCGGCGGUGGAGGAGGAGGAGGAGGAGGCGGGGGUGGUGGCGGCGGCAGUAGCAGCAGCGGUGGAGGUGGCGGGAGUGGUCCAAGUGGUCCUCGCCGCAAUUCUCGGGACUAUGACCGUGGAUACGACCGCGGGUACGACCGUGGAUAUGAUAGAGGUGGCUGUGAUCGCUAUGAUGACAGGGACCACUACAGAUCAUACAGGCGCUCUCCGUCCCCUUACUACAGAGGGGCAUACAGGUCUCGUUCCAGAUCGCGAUCCUAUUCUCCUCGUCGCUAUUGAACGUUGCUGUGAAGCCCGUCCAACUCCCACACAGGAACAAGAAAUGUUUCUGAGUGGAAUGACUGAUUUCAGUAUCCAUCUUCUUUCUUAAGGGGAUCUUCAUACUUCUAUUUGCUAACGUAUAUGAACAGUAAAUGUAUACUGGGAUCAGUUUCUAAGCCGUGUCAUUUGACAUGACUAAGCUCUCCCCUCAUGUUUCUAAUUUUAAAUGUAAAGGCAACAACUGCCAUGAAAAAUAUAUUAAUGUUCUUAUUAAUGUAUUUUUUGUAUACAAGAUCGAGUGAACGUUCAUCUUUGAACAGAUUAAAAGGACUCUUUUUUUUUUUUUUU